ACAACAAUGGCGAGUUUUUCACCUCCGUAGCUUUGAACCAACAUAGACGAAAACAUUGCAGCUCUUUAAACGCUUUCGGUGUAUAUUAGCCACGGUGUUUUAAACACACUUGUCGUAUCUACUAGUUAUUUACCCACUUUAAUUUUAUAUUUACAUUGUUGUUAGCUAACUGGCUGAGUAAAUUAGCAGUAGUGCUAGUCUAGUCACUAAUGCUAACUAGCUAACAUUUAGCUAACAUCCCAACCAUGAGCUCACUAAACGAGUCCCCCACUUCUAAAGAGGAGGUCUGCUGGACGGAGAAAGAAGCUCUGGGGCUGAACAUUGUCGUGAAAGAGGAGAAGGGAGAAGAGGAUGUCACCGUAAAAAAAGAAACAGAGGUUGAGGCUGUUACAGUGAAAGAAGAAGAGAAAGACGUUAAAUUGACAGAAGAUGAAGACGCGUUCAGAGUGAAAGAGGUGGAGGAUGUUACAGUAAAAGAAGAAGAUGAGGAUGCAGGGGAGGAGGGGGAGAUGACUGUCACAGUGAAAGAAGAGGAAGAGAAAGAGGGGAUGACUGUCACAGUGAAAGAAGAGGAAGACGUUUUUGAAAUGAAGGAAGUGGAGGAGAUUACUGUCACAUUGGAAGAAGAGGAGGAGGAGACAGGAGAUCUGAUUAACAACAGAGAGAGACCAGUCUCUCCAUCUGACAGCAGGAAGAGUCCUUCAGGGGAACCAGACCCUGAGACACCCAAGCCAGCGAGACGACACCACUGCUUCCAGUGUAAUAUGAGUUUUAAGUGGUUAUGGAAGCUGAAAGAGCAUGAAAGGAAACACACUGGAGAAAAGCCCUUCCAAUGCUCCCAGUGUGGAAAUAGAUUCUCACGAUCACAUGACCUAAAAUCACAUGAGAGGACACACACAGGGGAAAAACCACACAAUUGUUCCCAGUGUGGAAAGCUUUUUUCCCAUUUAGGGAACCUGAACAAACAUAAGCGAAUACACUCUGGAGAGAAGCCUUACCCCUGUUCCCAUUGUGGAAAGAAUUUUAGGUCUUCAGAUAACCUGAAAGCGCAUGAGAGGACACACACAGGGGAAAAACCUUACCAUUGCUCCCUUUGUGGAAAGGAUUUUACCAAGUUAAGGAACCUAAAAGAGCAUGAGAGGAAACACACAGGAGAAAAGCCUUACGAAUGCUCCCAGUGUGGAAAGAGUUUUUCCCAUAUAGGGAACCUGAACAAACAUAAGAGAGUACACUCUGGAGAGAAGCCUUACCCCUGUUCACAUUGUGGAAAGAAUUUUAGGUCUUCCGAUAACCUGAAAGCGCAUGAGAGGACACACACAGGGGAAAAACCUUACCAUUGCGCCCUGUGUGGAAAGGAUUUUACCAAGUUAGGGAACCUAAAAGAGCAUGAGAGGAAACACACAGGAGAAAAGCCUUACCACUGCUCCCAGUGUGGAGAGAGAUUUUCAAGGUCACUUUACCUUAAAACACACGAGAGGACACAUACAGGAGAAAAGCCUUACCACUGCUCCAAUUGUGGAAAGAGAUUUUCAACAUCAUCGGACCUAAAAAAGCACCAGAGGACACACACAAGGGAGAAAUCUUACCAUUGCUCUCAAUGUGGAAAUAGUUUCUUACGAUCACAUGACCUAAAAUCGCAUGAGCUGACACACACAGGGGAAAAACCACAUAGUUGCUCCCAGUGUGGAAAGUGUUUUUUGUAUUUAGGGAACCUGAACAAACAUAAGAAAAUACACUCUGGAGAGAAGCCUUACCCCUGUUCCCAUUGUGGAAAAUUCUUUAGGUCAUUAGAUAACAUGAAGGAGCAUGAGAGGACACACACGGGGGAGAAGCUUUACCAUUGCGCCCUGUGUGGAAAGAGAUAUUCACGAUCACAUGACCUAAAAUUACAUAAAAGGAAACAUACAGGGGAAGAAAAUGCACAAUUACACACACAGGGGAUAAACCACACAGUUGGUCCCAGUGAGGAAAGAAUUUAACGCAGUUGGAGAACCUCGUCCCAUUGAGGAAAUACAUUGUCCCGGUCACAUGACCUAAAAUCACAUCAAACCAAACUAUAUUUAUACAGCACCUUUCAGACAUGGAAUGGAACACAAUGGGCUUCACAGGAAAAAAAUUAUGGGGGAAAAAAACUGAAAUAUUUACGACACAACAAACAUAAGAUAAACAUUUUUUUAAACUAAACAUUAACAAUAAAAACAGCACAACUAAAAAGCACCCUGAGGAAAAGAAAAGCAAAAAAUGUAUUUUAAAAUCUCUUUUAGAAAUGUCCACAGUUUCAGCUCCCCUCAGGUUUUCUGGCAGGCUAGUCCAGAGUCUGGGGGUAUAGUAACUAAAGGCUGCCUCUCCAUGCCUCUUGGUCCCCCUCAGGUUCUCUGCCAGGCUAGUCCAGAGUCUGGGGGCAUAGUAACUAAAGGCUGCCUCUCCAUGCCUCUUGGUCCCCCUCAGGUUCUCUGCCAGGCUAGUCCAGAGUCUGGCGGUAUAGUAACUAAAGGCUGCCUCUCCAUGCCUCUUGGUCCCCCUCAGGUUCUCUGGCAGACUAUACUAUACUAUUCCAGAGGCUGGCGGUAUAGUAACAAAAGGCUGCCUGUCCAUGCCUUUUGGUCCCCCUCAGGUUCUCUGGCAGACUAUACUAUACUAUUCCAGAGGCUGGCGGUAUAGUAACUAAAGGCUGCCUCUCCAUGCCUCUUGAUCCCCCUCAGGUUCUCUGGCAGACUAUACUAUACUAUUCCAGAGGCUGGCGGUAUAGUAACUAAAGCCUCUCCAUGCCUCUUGGUCCCCCUCAGGUUCUCUGGCAGGCUAUUCCAGAGGCUGGCGGUAUAGUAACAAAAGGCUGCCUCUCCAUGCCUCUUGGUCCCCCUCAGGUUCUCUGGCAGGGUAUUCCAGAGUCUGGCGGUAUAGUAACUAAAGGCUGCCUCUCCAUGCCUCUUGGUCCCCCUCAGGUUCUCUGGCAGGGUAUUCCAGAGGCUGGCGGUAUAGUAACUAAAGGCCUUCUCUCCAUGCCUCUUGGUCCCCCUCAGGUUCUCUGGCAGGCUAGUCCAGAGUCUGGCGGUAUAGUAACUAAUGGCCUUCUCUCCAUGCCUCUGGGUCCCCCUCAGGUUCUCUGGCAGGCUAGUCCAGAGUCUGGCGGUAUAGUAACAAAAGGCUGCCUCUCCAUGCCUCUUGGUCCCCCUCAUGUUCUCUGGCAGGCUAGUCCAGAGUCUGGCGGUAUAGUAACUAAAGGCCUUCUCUCCAUGCCUCUUGGUCCCCCUCAGGUUCUCUGGCAGGCUAGUCCAGAGUCUGGCGGUAUAGUAACAAAAGGCUGCCUCUCCAUGCCUCUUGGUCCCCCUCAGGUUCCCUGGCAGACUAGUCCAGAGGCUGGCGGUAUAGUAACUAAAGGCUGCCUCUCCAUGCCUCUUGGUCCCCCUCAGGUUCUCUGGCAGGCUAGUCCAGAGGCUGGCGGUAUAGUAACUAAAGCCUCUCCAUGCCUCUUGGUCCCCCACAGGUUCUCUGGCAGGCUAGUCCAGAGUCUGGCGGUAUAGUAACUAAAGGCUGCCUCUCCAUGCCUCUUGGUCCCCCUCAGGUUCUCUGGCAGGCUAGUCCAGAGGCUGGCGGUAUAGUAACUAAAGGCUGCCUCUCCAUGCCUCUUGGUCCCCCUCAGGUUCUCUGGCAGGGUAUUCCAGAGUCUGGCGGUAUAGUAACUAAAGGCUGCCUCUCCAUGCCUCUUGGUCCCCCUCAGGUUCUCUGGCAGGCUAGUCCAGAGUCUGGCGGUAUAGUAACUAAAGGCCUUCUCUCCAUGCCUCUUGGUCCCCCUCAGGUUCUCUGGCAGGCUAGUCCAGAGUCUGGCGGUAUAGUAACAAAAGGCUGCCUCUCCAUGCCUCUUGGUCCCCCUCAGGUUCCCUGGCAGACUAGUCCAGAGGCUGGCGGUAUAGUAACUAAAGGCUGCCUCUCCAUGCCUCUUGGUCCCCCUCAGGUUCUCUGGCAGGCUAGUCCAGAGGCUGGCGGUAUAGUAACUAAAGCCUCUCCAUGCCUCUUGGUCCCCCACAGGUUCUCUGGCAGGCUAGUCCAGAGUCUGGCGGUAUAGUAACUAAAGGCUGCCUCUCCAUGCCUCUUGGUCCCCCUCAGGUUCUCUGGCGGCUAGUCCAGAGUCUGGCAGUAUAGUAACUAAAGGCUGCCUCUCCAUGCCUCUUGGUCCCCCUGUAGUUUUUAUAGCAUCUACCUGUACUAUUAGUUCAUGUAUCUCUGUAGUUUUUAUAGCAUCUACCUGUACUAUUAGUUCAUGUAUCUCUGUAGUUUUUAUAGCAUAACACAUCUAUUAGUUCAUGUAUCUCUGUAGUUUUUAUAGCAUCUACCUGUACUAUUAGUUCAUGUAUCUCUGUAGUUUUUAUAGCAUCUACCUGUACUAUUAGUUCAUGUAUCUCUGUAGUUUUUAUAGCAUCUACCUGUACUAUUAGUUCAUGUAUCUCUGUAGUUUUUAUAGCAUCUACCUGUACUAUUAGUUCAUGUAUCUCUGUAGUUUUUAUAGCAUCUACCUGUACUAUUAGUUCAUGUAUCUCUGUAGUUUUUAUAGCAUCUACCUGUACUAUUAGUUCAUGUAUCUCUGUAGUUUUUAUAGCAUCUACCUGUACUAUUAGUUCAUGUAUCUCUGUAGUUUUUAUAGCAUCUACCUGUACUAUUAGUUCAUGUAUCUCUGUAGUUUUUAUAGCAUCUACCUGUACUAUUAGUUCAUGUAUCUCUGUAGUUUUUAUAGCAUCUACCUGUACUAUUAGUUCAUGUAUCUCUGUAGUUUUUAUAGCAUCUACCUGUACUAUUAGUUCAUGUAUCUCUGUAGUUUUUAUAGCAUCUACCUGUACUAUUAGUUCAUGUAUCUCUGUAGUUUUUAUAGCAUCUACCUGUACUAUUAGUUCAUGUAUCUCUGUAGUUUUUAUAGCAUCUACCUGUACUAUUAGUUCAUGUAUCUCUGUAGUUUUUAUAGCAUCUACCUGUACUAUUAGUUCAUGUAUCUCUGUAGUUUUUAUAGCAUCUACCUGUACUAUUAGUUCAUGUAUCUCUGUAGUUUUUAUAGCAUCUACCUGUACUAUUAGUUCAUGUAUCUCUGUAGUUUUUAUAGCAUCUACCUGUACUAUUAGUUCAUGUAUCUCUGUAGUUUUUAUAGCAUCUACCUGUACUAUUAGUUCAUGUAUCUCUGUAGUUUUUAUAGCAUCUACCUGUACUAUUAGUUCAUGUAUCUCUGUAGUUUUUAUAGCAUCUACCUGUACUAUUAGUUCAUGUAUCUCUGUAGUUUUUAUAGCAUCUACCUGUACUAUUAGUUCAUGUAUCUCUGUAGUUUUUAUAGCAUCUACCUGUACUAUUAGUUCAUGUAUCUCUGUAGUUUUUAUAGCAUCUACCUGUACUAUUAGUUCAUGUAUCUCUGUAGUUUUUAUAGCAUCUACCUGUACUAUUAGUUCAUGUAUCUCUGUAGUUUUUAUAGCAUCUACCUGUACUAUUAGUUCAUGUAUCUCUGUAGUUUUUAUAGCAUCUACCUGUACUAUUAGUUCAUGUAUCUCUGUAGUUUUUAUAGCAUCUACCUGUACUAUUAGUUCAUGUAUCUCUGUAGUUUUUAUAGCAUCUACCUGUACUAUUAGUUCAUGUAUCUCUGUAGUUUUUAUAGCAUCUACCUGUACUAUUAGUUCAUGUAUCUCUGUAGUUUUUAUAGCAUCUACCUGUACUAUUAGUUCAUGUAUCUCUGUAGUUUUUAUAGCAUCUACCUGUACUAUUAGUUCAUGUAUCUCUGUAGUUUUUAUAGCAUCUACCUGUACUAUUAGUUCAUGUAUCUCUGUAGUUUUUAUAGCAUCUACCUGUACUAUUAGUUCAUGUAUCUCUGUAGUUUUUAUAGCAUCUACCUGUACUAUUAGUUCAUGUAUCUCUGUAGUUUUUAUAGCAUCUACCUGUACUAUUAGUUCAUGGAUUUCCCUUGUUGGUCUUGUCUCUUCGGACAGGAACUGCUCUUUUAUUAUUGAUGAAUAUUGAAUGACCUCUGAAGGUACAGUUAAAGGUAUCCCAAACAAUAAGGGGAUUUGCUGAACCUAUAUUGUACUGGAAAUAUUCAGGUAUAAAUGAUUUUGUCUUAGUUAAGAUUAAAUUGUCAUCCAGUAAAUAUUGGUAUUGGAUUAAAAUGUUUAAAAUGUAAAUUUUAAUAAAUAAUACAUUUUCUUCCAGUAAACUUUGAUUAAAAUGUCCAAUAUCCCCGUCCACAUGCAAAUUCUAUAAGAAUUAUGUGAAGGCCAAUUAGACAAUGGGCUGAUCGCAUUCUUUCAGGGGUUUUUAGUCUCUAAAUAUCCACUAUUUCUAAUGAGUCCAUAUUUUUUUUUUUUUAUUAAUUGGUAAUUAAUAUCAUCACACCUUUUGAGUUCCUUUGUCCACAUGACAGAACACUAUUUCACCAACCCCUUUUCCCUUUCCCACGCAGCUUCAUCUCAGGAUGUAGAUCGAGUUUCCUGUUAUAUUCCUUUUCUUUCAGCCGCAUAAAGACUGAUCUUUUCCUAUAAUGUCUUAAACCGUAACAAUUCUAACUGGCUAUACUUAUUGUAGCCCUUACUGUAACUAGACACUGUUCUCAGUCUAAAUGGACCAUGAUUAGUGCUUGUAAAGUUACUGCCAUAAGAGGUAUUAUGAAGGUCAAAAAUAGAGAUUUCAAAUGUCAUUAGAAACAGGUUCUAAUGCCAUUUGUUUGGUUCUGUUUGCCUGUGAGCCAAUGCCACGGAUGUUAGAAAAUGUAGUCAAGAUAUUGUGUCUAGUAGAUCUGAGUAGGUUGAUGUGUAUGAUUGUGGAUGUGAUUUAGUGAGUGUGUGUAAAAUGUCUGGAUUAGAGGAAGACUAUAAUGUGUGAUGUCUGAAAUAAAGAAUAACCCAGCCAGUUUGCAUGGUUGAGUGUCUGUGUGUAUAACAUGGAGUGUAGCCUUAAUAUUCAGGAUGAUGAUUGUAAUCCGUGUCGUAUCAACAUCAUAGAAAAACACAUCCCAGCAUUUCCAUGGUAACGUUGACGUUUCACAUGAUGAUGAAAGAGACCUUGCAUUACUAUAGAGACGGAUUCACUACAGUACAAAUGUAUCCCGUACAUUAUGUUAUUAUUCCCCAACGACCCUGUUCUGAUGUCUUCCUGCUUGUUGUAAACAUAAAUAAACAUGUCGACCAAGACAACGGCC